AUGGCAAAGAUUCCCGCCAAAACGUUUGCUGCUCUCACAGGCGCAGAUAUGAAAGGUGUUGGUGAUGGUGUUGGUGGGGAGGGCGCCAUGGAUGUGAGGGAUGAUGCAGAACAGCUGCAGGCAGCAGACGUGUCGGAUGGAAACGAGAACGGGAGUGUUCUCGCGGAUGGGCAGCAGAAGCGCGACGUGAGUGUUGAACAACAGCAUGGCAGCGAAACGGACCAGGAACAAGCUGUUGGUGAUGGUGAUGAUGAUGGUGAUGAUGCCGGCGAUGACGGUAGUGGCGAUGACGGUAGUGACGAUUCCGCGGCGGAAGAUCUGCUUGCAGCACUCCCCGCACUUGUGAACCAGAUGGAGAUGGAAGUCUCAGUGUACCAUGAAGAAAUACAGCAGCUUCGCGAAGAGAACGGGGCCUUGCAAGCAGCACUGCGGCUUCACCAGAACCAGAAGCGCGAGGGCGGCACCAACCAGGAGGGCACAGGGCACCACACGCGCGGCGAUGAGGACGUCUGUCAGCAGUGCACAGUGCUCAAAGGUGAGUUGGCACGAGCAACGCACGCGGCACAGAACAAGUCCGUCGACCUUCUCGAAAAGCUUCAGGACGCCCGGAAAGAAAUCAAGAAGCUGCAAGAAAGCCUACAUGAUCAAGCAGCGCAGCAUCAGAAACAAGCACGAGCACUCCGUGCUGAGAUGGAGAAGCAAGCGCAGGAGCGCGUGGACACGGAGAAGCGCGUGCAGGCCAACCUUCAACAACGGCUCACAAAUUUGGAGCAGGACAAAGAGGCAAUGAGGUUGGUGUGCAAACGUGCAACAGCGGGACUGUGGUCGAGCACCAGCGGUGCGAUACAAGGAUACAGCCCCAUUGGGCAGUUCGAGAAGAUCAUCCACAAGCAAGAAUACGAAGACAAGAUUCGCAGGCUUUCUCGUCUGAGCUCACAAUCCUCAGGCAACCCAGACAUGUACCGCAAGAAAAUCACGGCGCUGAAGCGGGCACACGCACAGGAGCUGAUGAAGCUCAGACGGCAGCUGAAACGAGGAUAA